GAACAUUCAGUUCAACGCGAACCUCAAGUCAAGUAAGAUCGUUUAGUAAAAUGUUCCUCCUGAUACUUUUAGGAGUUCUUGGUGCUUUAGCCUAUUAUAUCCACCAUGUUUAUACAUAUUGGCAACGUCAAGGCUUCCCCUACGAUACCGCCAGUGGAUUUCCUUUCGGAGCAAUGGAAUCGGUUGUCAAACGUCAAAAAUCAUUUGGAAUGGCCAUCAACGAUGUCUAUCUUAAUAGCUCGAAAAGAUUUCUUGGAAUCUAUUUGUUUUUUCGACCGGCAAUUUUAGUGCGUGACGCUGAAUUGGCGCGACAAAUAUUGGUUCAAGACUUCAGCAGCUUCCAUGAUCGUGGGAUUUAUUGUGACGAAAAGAACGAUCCCUAUUCGGGUAAUCUGUUUAAUUUGCCCGGUGAACGUUGGAGAAGUCUACGCACCAAAUUGGCACCAUCUUUUACAUCGGGCAAGCUGAAGUCGAUAUUUAGUAUUGUCGACGAUGUUGGCAAUGAGAUGAUGAAGUAUUUGGACAAAACCAUUCCAGAGGAAGGUGAGGUUGUUAUGGAAAUGAAGGAGUUCUUUUCAAGAUAUGCAAUCGAUAUCAUUGGAUCAGCGAUCUUUGGAAUUGAAGUGAACAGUUUCACGAAUCCUAAUAAUCCGUUGAGGAAAACAAGCGAUCAAUUUAGCAAGCCGACAUUUUUCAGUGUUGUUAGAGGAACAUCAGCGUUUUUGUUUCCAGCCCUUCAAAAACUAUUCGUUCGUCUAGGAUUGCCAGAUCCGGUUGCAGAUUUUAUGAAAGACAUGGUUCGUCAAACGGUUGAAUAUCGUGAAAAAAAUAACGUCCAUCGCAAGGAUAUGAUGCAAAUGUUAAUCGAACUUCGAAAUACUGGAAAAAUUAAUUUAGAUGAUGACGUUUGGAAAGGUCAAUCUAUUGCAGAAAAUUUGAAAUCAAUGUCAAUUGAUUGCAUCGCUGGACAGGCUUUCUUAUUUUAUGUUGCUGGUUUUGAUACAACGGCUGGAACAGCUGCCUUUACCAUAUUCGAAUUGGCUAAAUACCCUGAGAUUUUGGCUAAAGUUCAAAAAGAUAUUAAACAAGCUCUGGAUAAGCACGAGGGAAAGAUUACUUAUGAGAGUAUCAAGGAUAUGACUUAUCUCGACUUGUGUGUUAAGGAAACAAUUCGAAAGUAUCCAGCUCUGCCGAUUCUCAAUCGUGAAUGUACAAUUGAUUUCAAAGUUCCUGAUUCGGACAAAGUUAUAAAGAAAGGAACACCUAUUGUAAUUUCCCUAUUUGGCAUUCACAGAGAUCCCAAAUACUUCCCGGAUCCUAUGAAAUACGAUCCGGAAAGAUUUUUAGAAGAAACCAAAAAUUACAAUCCAAUAGCUUAUAUGCCAUUUGGUGAAGGACCUCGACAUUGUAUUGCUCAAAGAAUGGGAACGGUUAAUGUAAAAGUUGCUUUGGCUAAAGUACUUAUGAGCUAUGAAAUAGCAGCAGCUCAGGAGGGAGAAAUUGAGGUUGAUAAUUUCGCAGUUACUAUUGCACCAAAAGGAGGAGCUAAUAUUAAAUUACGGAAGAGGAAACAGCCACUAUAAAAAUAAUUUUAUGAAUUUAUUGUUAGUUAUCUUUAAUUUUUUAUUGUUUUAUUUUGUAAUAUUGAUGUGGAAAGUGUUUUUUAAUAAAAAUUAAUAGUAUUAUAAGAAUUUAA